GUGGCUGUCCUCUCUCCUGCUGUUCCCGUUUAUUUUACGCUUACUGCUGUUCAAUUCUGGUAACUAGCAGCACAUGAGUGACAGGGGAUCAUAGUGCCACCCUUGUGUUCAAAGAGAGCUAGGAGAACCAUCAGUUUAGAGGCGAAAAUUAGUGUUAAAUCCGUUUGGGGGUUGGAGAAUGGUUUGCGGGCGUAGCCUGUGCUCUCUGCCUGGUGCCUGUGACGGAACAGUUAUUAAUAUUUAAUUAUUAAGAGCGACAACAGCACAGGAGCAAGAGAUGAUCUUGGAGAUGACAGGAGCAGCAUUAUCUUGAGAUGAUGUGUGACCCCUCAAUUAAGUGCUUCAAAAUUUAUGAAAAAGACUGACAUUAUAUUCUAUAAACUGAGAAAUUGUUUAGUAUUUCCAUUUAAGAUCAAUUAGAUAAGAACACGCCUGUCAGCUUGAAGAUUAAGCAUAAAGUAUUCUCAUUAUUUAAGUACUUUAAGAAAUAGUUUGUUGAGACUUCAGAGGUGUUAAACUUUACCGCAAGGAGUGGGUGGUUUGAGCGCUUGAGGUGUCGUUAUAACCUGAGGAACACCAAGGUGACCAGGGAGGCAAACAAACAUUUCUCACGGAAGAUGAUAAGAAUCGUCAAAUACCUUACAGAGACUUCACGCUGUCAUUCCUACUGAGCAUGUUUAAGUGGGUAAGGCAGACAAUGAGGUCGAGGAAUACUAUAUAUGGCAAGAGGAAAUGUUUAGGUGUGGGAGCAGUACUGGCUGCUGGUACAAUGAUGCUGAUGGGGGCGGGGGCGUGGUGGGAGGAGGAGCUGCUGCAGGUGCUGCUCCAGGGGCCCCCAAGUCCAGAUGACCCGCGACUCCUCCGUCUCGUCCGGCAAAAGUACGUAGUAGCCCCGUCCACCGCGCCCUACAACCUGAAGGAGGAGAGCGGGAGCCUCUUAGACAACGACUACCUGUCCUAUCGUAACACGACACUUGGCUGGCAGACUUUACACAAACUGGUGGUAGAGCUCUUCGAGCAGCGACCCGCCGGGUUCUUCGUGGAAGCGGGAGCUCUAGACGGCGAGUACCUCUCCAACACCGUGUAUCUGGAACGGCAGAAGGGGUGGACGGGUCUGUUGGUGGAGCCUGACGAAGACAUGUUCGCUCUCCUGCUGAAGAAGAAUCGUCGAGCUUGGACCUCUCAUUCCUGUCUCUCUGCCAAGCCUUACCCUAGCGAGACGAUAUUGGUGAAGAUGGCCAACAGUGACCAGAGCGACGGGAUAGGCUAUCGCGCCCAAAACACCCUCUACGGCUCCCACUACUACCGGGUGGCCAGUCCUGUGAGCUAUGAGAUCUACGAGACGGUCCAGUGUCUGCCGCUGCAGACGCUGCUCCUCGCCCUCCCGGUCACACAUGUCGACUUCAUCUCCCUAGACGUAGAAGGGGUGGAGCAGGGUGUGGUGGAGGCGUUCUGGGAGAGCGGCGGCUUGACGGUUGACGUAUGGUUGGUGGAGCACCACAACCCCAACACCUUCGGCGACUCCCGUGACGACGUCUUCAUUGACAUGUUCCACGUCCACGGGUACUCCCUCUACACCAUCAUCUCUGACCUGCAACCCUUCAACUACGUCUUCAUCAGACAGAACUGUGACCUGCACAGCCAAGCCUUCGCCACCAGACCAAUAGACUUCAUGCUCUAGGAGCAGUGUGUCUGUGCCAUAACUUACCAUUCUUACCAAGAAGUAAACAGGAGUACACAAACCUUCCAAGACGAUGAAGGUAAGGAAGCACGUCACACCUCGCACACCUUCCUCCCGCACGGCUAGCUGUUGUUGUUUAAGAUUCAGCUACUGGGAACAAAACGUUCCAAGUAGCACGGGCUAUGGUGAGCCCGUAGUGAACUUGCCUGGCACAGGAACAUGGCCUGGCUGUCAUAUAUUCACCGUACUACCUUCACCACACAAACCAUAUAGACAUUAGUGACCACAGUGUCCUAUAAACCACAGACUUGGACGCACCUGCUUGUCCGUAGUGGGGCAAAAGAUCUGUAGAGAGGAGCAGCGGAUGGGAACGGUUGCUCCAGGAGGACAGAGACUGGGCAGCCGGGUGAACGAGGGAACGUGCAAUAUGGGUGAAUUGAAAGAAAAAGAAUCACCAUUACAUUCUAUUUUUCUAACGCUUGAGACAGCUGACCAGUCUCCUGCUUUCUCCCUGUCCACUCUCAACUGAAAUAAUGAACAGACCUGUGACUCUGUCUCGCGCCAUGAUGUCGCUAGGAUGAGAGAAAAAAUAUAAUUCGUUCGCCAAUUUAUUUCGAAUAAAAGUAACAAAAUUGUUGGAUAUUGUAUAGAUGAGCCAAGUUGGUACUCGUGCCAGUCACUUGAGCCACACCCUCGAGACUGUUGAUGGGUGUUGUGGGGUGUAGCUCCUCUGUCCUGCUCUCAUCAACGGCUCUUGCUCUUACUGUGCCGUUGAUGAGUAUGAUCAAAACACUUGAUAAGUGUUGAUCUAAUACACUUGAUCGCAAGUGUUUUGAUCAAGAUAAGUUUUGACCAAAACACUUGAUAAGUGUUGAUCAAAUACACUUGAUCACAAGUGUUUUGAUCAAGUCUUGACCAAAACACUUGAUAAGUCUUUACCAAGUGUCUUGCUCCGAGUGUCUUAAAAUGCACUUAGACGGUAAAUUUUCCUUUGUACACUGUACUUACCUGAAACCUUAAUAAAGAUGGACAGUAUUUAUCUGAAGCUUUAACGGCUACAUAGUGUAUCCAAAUGUUAAGUUUAGUGUUAUGUAUUUGAUACUUUGAUCAUCACACACACUGUACUGGACUGAUACUUUGAUCAUCACACACACUGUACUGGACUGAUAAUUUGAUCACCACACACACUGUACUGGACUGAUACUU